AUGAGUGUCAUUCAUCGGCAUCGCGUUUCCCCGUGGACGGCCAUUCCAAUGGAUGAAGCGUAUUCGAUUAUCGAAGAAGAAACAGACGCGCUCGAUUCCGAGAAAACCCCGGUUUGGAGAGUGAAGAUCGGCGAUGUCUUGGCAGAGGAUGUGAAUUCGGCCUACAAUGUGCCUGAGGUGCGCACGUCAAUCAAGGAUGGAUAUGCUGUUUUGGCCAGCGAUUCACCCGGAAAGCGAAAAGUGAUCGGGUUUUCGACAGCCGGUUCUCCAUGUAAUUCGACGUUAAAUCCGGGUGAAUGCGUUCGUGUGAGCACUGGAGCUUUUGUGCCCGAUUCGGCGACGGCGGUUGUGAUGGUCGAGUUGACAAAACUUUUGGAACAUGAUGGUUCAGAAGAACUGGUGAUCGAGGUGAAUGGAACGGCGAAAGAUGGACAAGAUAUUCGAUUACCCGGCUCAGACACGUCAAAAGGAGAACUUCUCCUCGAGAAAGGAUCGACGAUCCGAAGUGCCGAGCUGGGGAUUCUCCUCGCGAGUGGCCUUCAAUUGGUGAAUGUCUGCAAGAAACCGAAAGUCGCCGUGAUGUCCACCGGAAAUGAGGUUUGUGAAGCGAUUCGCCCUCGUUUGCCCAUCGGUCAUAUCCGGGACACGAAUCGACCCCAAUUACUAGCGCUUUGUGAGCAAAGUGGAGCCGACGUGAUUGAUAUGGGAAUCGUUGAGGAUGAUGAGGAGUCCCUUGUGCAAGCCAUUUCCACGGCACUCUCCAUUUCCUCAGUUCUCAUCUCAUCUGGUGGUGUGUCGAUGGGCGAAAAAGAUCUCCUCAAAAGUGUUUUGAGUGAGAAAUUUGGAUUCAAAAUUCAUUUCGGGCGAGUUUUCAUGAAGCCGGGCUUGCCUACGACUUUCGCGACCGGAGAAUUCCUGGGGCAGAAAAAACUUGUUUUCGCCCUUCCCGGGAACCCAGCCUCAUCAUGGGUUUGUGCUCAACUCUUUGCCGUUCCAUCGAUUCGAAAAUUACGCGGCGAACACCGCAUUUGGCACACGAGAAUGAGUGCAAAGUUAUCCGACACGGUCAAAUUGGAUUCUCGCCCCGAAUUUCGGAGAGGAUUCAUUGAAAGAAAAGAAGGGGAAAUUCUUCCAAUCGUGACAACAACCGGGAAUCAAAUCUCGAGUCGAUUAGUGAGCUUGAGGGGUGCCCAACUGCUUCUCGAACUACCCGGGAAAUCGGAAAUGAGUGAAAUUCCAGCGGGAAGCAUUGUACAAGCACUUGUUAUUGAUCGUUUA